AUGGUGCAGGAGGGACUUCCUCCAGCCCCUUCUGUCAAAUGGGCAAGCUCCACUCCAAGUUUUGCAGGAUGGGACACAGCCGACGCAUCGCGGGUGCCAAUUUCCGCCCAACAGGCUUUCUAUCCCCCUCCGGGCGCCCGCGUCGUCGACCUACGGGGCUGGCGGCCCAGCCGUUCUCCCCCGCCGCCCGCCGCCCUCCGUCUGGGAGAAGCGGUGUUCUCACACGAUGCCAGAACUGCGCCAGAGGAUCUUCCUCUCUGGGUUUUUGAAAUGGACCACACGCCGCUCAAGCUCCCCAGCCUCAAGGACGUUUCGCGCGCGAACGGGCGAUACCAGUCGGCCAUUCACCCAGCGGCUCCAUCCCACCGUUAUCCUCCUUGGGCCGUGAUCGUUUGGGCCGUCUACCAGAGCAUUUGGGAGACGAAGCACGCUUGGGAUGAAGUUGCUCAGUUCGCGAUAACGGGCGACGCAGAAGAGGAGUGGCCAACUGGGGAGCUUUCGCAGAUCAUGAUGGCGAUAGACUGCCUCCCUGCGUUCCACCGUGACCUAAUCUCUUACGCCAGGAAGAUCAUGUCCCAGCUCAGCAUCAAUGACGAAGUCUUGCACGAAGCGCUGCAGCAUCUCCGGGUGCAGAUACGCAAGUCCCCACAGGCAAAGUCCAUAGUGAUCGCAGACACCCAGUUCGCCCCCGACCGCGCAGGCGUAAGAAAGGACAGCGCGCUCGCCCACGUCUUCUGCGACCUGGCAGAUCCCACGCAGUCGACCAUUUUGGUUCCAUGGCAUGACGAAGAGGGACAUCACUGGGCGGCGGUUCGCUUUCAGGUCGCCUCCCGCAAAUAUGCAAUCCUCGACUCCCUUCGUAGCCGCGGCCGCCCCAGCCCACGCAUUGAGAAGCCAGUACGUCGCACCGGGCGGGCGAUUGACAAGCACCUGAAGCGCAAGAGCACCCCAUGGGAGCUCGACGACCAGGCCCCAUCCGUUGCAACCCAGCGGGAUGACUUCUCAUGCGGCUCUGCAGUCUUCAACUCCUUGCAGCUUUUUAUCGCCCCUGAAACACUGCCUUGGUCCCCGGAGCGCGCCAAAUAUCACCGGGCGAAGAUGCUGAUGGCGGUGGUGGAUGUUUGGAAGGAGAAUGGUCGGCCCAUCGUCGCGCGGGGACAGCGGCAUAUCGCAGUCGAUGGCGCUGCAGCGCCCUCCAGCAGCGGUUCUGAGGUGGUCCUGAUGGCCGGCCCUAUGCGCGCCCUCGCGAGGAGGCCCAGCACCGAUGCCUCCAACACCAGCUCGGGCAGCUGUGUGGAGGAGGAGAGCGGCGCGAAAGCGGCGCACCCUGCCACGGCUACAGCCCCUGCACCAUCUUUCAACAGCAGCGUCAUCCGCAUGCAGGAUAUUCCCUGGGGCGCGCUCCUGGCCCCAAAGACCCCCGGCGGCACGUGGACCACGGCGACGGCGCCAGCGGCUUCGGCCCGGUCGAACGCAGAUCCCCAGCCCACAGGCAUGCCCGGGAGCGGCACCAGGGCUGGGGUACCAGCCCCAAUAGGGUCCUCGGGCACGGCGUUGCCCAUCAAGGCGCGGUUUGCAUCACUAGCGGCGUUCUUGAGGCAGCGAAGAGCAUCAGAAGCCGGGCGCGAGGGCUUGGCCCCCCUGCCUCCUUCGCCCUCCGCAGGCAGCACGCAGUCUGCAGCAGAGGACGAGGGGCAGUCCAUGGAGACGGGUGCUGGCAGCCCUUUGGAGGGGCACAUCAGCACGCCAUCCCUGCCUGGAGAGCGUGCGUCUUCUUUCCUUCGCGGACUCUCUGCCCACUGA